AUGGUUGGACCGUUUGCGCAAGGUAUAUUCCUUAUGGGAAUCAUAUAUUGGUAUUCCAAAGGUUUACUAAAUCUAAUCAAUGACUAUUAUCGCACCGAAUUUAAUCGUAAAUUAAAAACCACUGCUGUUGAGCAGAAAAAUUUUGCCUUGAGGCCACAAUCCUAUGAUUUGGACGACAUGGAGGAAUUAAUCAAAAUGGAGGCAUUAAGUGAUAGUGAAGAAGAGGAAAAACGUAUACGGCAACUGAUUGGCGAUAUUGAAGUGAUUGAAAGCUGUGAAGAAGCCUGUUUCUCUCCAUAUAUUGGAAGCCAAUGUUAUAGUCCAAAUCGUAAAAUGGAAUUUUUAAAUAUUCUCUAUCGUCUUGAAGAUAUUCGUAGUGAUAGUAAAAAGGUUUACUUUAGCAUAGAUCAUAAUUAUCCCAUUUGUUUGCUAAAUGAUAGUGUUACCUAAUACUAAUUUUGUAAGACCUUAUAAAAGUUAUUUGUUAGAAUAUACCAUGUAAAAUAUUUCUAAGAAUCGGAGAACUAGUUAAUUUUUAAAUAUAAACAUAAGAUAAAAUCUUAUCUUGAAUCAUGA